AUGGAAGGUGCUGAAAGCUCGGAUAAAGCAUCUUGGAGUAAAGAGAUGUUGCAUACAUUUUGUGAUAUUUGUAUUGUCGCUAUUGAGAAAGGAAUGAGGCCAAGCACUCAUUUUGAUAAGGCCGGAUGGAAAUUUGUUAUGGCUGUCUUCAAAGAGAAAACUGGUCUUGCUUUUACUAAGACUCAACUAAAAAACAAAUGGGAUGGUGCAAAAAAGGAGUGGAGGAUUUGGAAAAAACUGAUUUCUGAAACAGGAGUAGGAUGGAAUAAUGAACUUGGAACUAUUAGUGCUAGUGAUGAGUGGUGGAAUAAAAAAACUCAGGAAAUCAGAGGGUCUAAAAAGUUUAGACAUGCUGGGAUUGAACCUUCACUUUGCAGUAAGUUUGAUAGAAUGUUCAGCAAUGUUGUGGCGACUGGACACUAUGCUUGGGCUUCAUCUUCCGGAGUAUUAUUUGAUGAUGAUACUGUGAAUCAAAACACUCAGGAUGUUCAUGUUAAUGAAGAAGAAAAUCUAGAGGAAGGGAGUGGUGAUUCCGAGGAGGAUGUCAUUCCCAAUUACACAGAUGAUGUUUGCAAUUUAGUUGCUGGAGUUAAUAUGGGAAAUAGCAGUACCACAAAUAGCAGUGGAAAGAGAAAAGCAAGAGAGCAAUGCGGUGGGCAAAGUACAAAGAAAAGCAAAAAACCUCAUGGAGUUGGAGCUCAAAUGCUUACACGUUGGGAUAAACUAGUUGAUGAUGUUUCAACAAGGAAUGAUAGUAGGGAUAAGAUAGGGUGUAGCAAUAGUGAGGUGAUGACAGAGAUUCAUUCCAUACCCGAUAUUAUUUUUGGUGAUGACUUAUAUUGCUUUGCUACGGAGUACUUGUCUAGGAGGAAUAAAAGAGAGAUGUGGGCAGCAAUAGGAGAUCUUGAUAGGAAGUACCAAUGGCUGCAAAAAAUGCAUCAGAGAAGUCAAAAGCACUAA